GUGAUUCCUUACUGUACUAGGCGACUCGUUCGACUGGCAAAACAGAGAGUUUUCUCCAGUAGUAUUGAUCCAAGUGGAUAAAACAAAUUUGACAACUGGAAGGAAUUUGUAUCUAGUUUCAAGUUAAUACUCGCGUAUCAAUUAACCUCUGAGUGAAUUUCAUUGCACCAGAGUUCAUUUUGUUGAUUUGUCAACGAAAUUCUUGUUAAGCACUGUAGGAAAUUCUCUUUGCCUUUGCAAAAAUCAGGGUCAUUUGAAGAAAAAUUGAAGUGAAAAGCCCGAUAAUGCCUCAGCCAGAAACAUCCUCACGAGAAGUUCAAUGUCAAUGGCGUUAGGAGAAACUGGAGUAAUUCAUUUUCGGAGAAACUCCGAGAUCAAUGUCAGGGGUAUAUACUAUUUCGUUGAUGAAUUGUGAUUUUGGAAGAGUCUUUACGUUUUAUGGGGCUCUUUUAAGAGCUACACUGGCAGUUUUCUUCACUAAUAAAUGAAUCGUAAAUCAGUCAAGGAGAGAUAGACCUUGAGUGACGAAUUAACAGGCGUGUGAUAAUGUAAAGGAUUUUUAGUGAUGAUUUAAUGGUUUCAUGGAUCAAUUUGUGAUGAAAGAAUUCCCGUGUGAUCAUGUUUGGUUAAAUUAGAGGGAUCGAGGAAUUGAGUUGUGGCUAUUUUGGGAGAAAUAACGUGGUAUUUGGAAUCGGCAGCAUAAAUAGUAGGAAAAAUGGUGGAGAAACAAACAUUGGCUAAGACUGUUCGUCUUCUGAAAACUCCAGCAGUGGUAAUGUUUGGGAAUCCGCUAUUGGAUAUUGUUGUGACUCUUGAGGAUGAGAGUAUCUUGGAAAAGUAUCAACUACCAGUGGAUGGAGAAGUUGAACUUGAAGAGGACAAGAUUCAAGAGAUUCUAGCUGAUUUGACAGAAUGUGAACAGAGAAUUAGUCCAGGGGGCUGUGCUCAGAACACUGCUAGAAUUCUUCAAUGGCUCUGUGGAGGUAAAAGUGUCUCACCUGUCGUUGUUUAUUGUGGAGGAUUGGGAAAGGAUUGUAGAGGUUCAACUCUAGAAAAGUUAGUCAAAGCAGAUGGAAUACAGACCAAAUAUGCAGUGCAUCCUACCCUGCCCACGGGCAUAUGUAUUUCCCUGAUAUGUGGCCAGUCACGCUGUCUAAUCGCCAACCUAGGGGCUGCCGCUGUGUACACACCGCUAGAUUUAAAGCGGAGUAAUUUACCUCUCGAUGGACUGAAGAUAGUCUACAUCGAGGGAUUUUUCCUUACGCACAGUUUAAAUGUUGCCAAAGAAAUUGUCGUACUUACCCAAGAGAAAUGUAAAAAUGUUGUUGUGGCGUUCAAUCUUAGUGGAGAGUAUAUAUUCGAAGAACAUCAUGCAGCCAUUUGUCAGAUGGUUGGCCUGGCCAAAAUCGUGUUCGGAAAUGCGAGAGAAAUGAAAGCUCUAGCUAAAGCCCUCAGUCUUCAGUUCGAAAAUGUCACGGACAUUCCUUUCUUAUUGAACAGCUCCAAACGCGUAACUGUCAGUGUGGCCAGUGCAAAUAUUGAAGAAGACUGGCUAACAGACAAUGAUAUAUUUGUGAUGACGCAGGGCGGAUCGGCGCCUGCAAUUGUCGUCUGGGGUGACGGUCGUUCGGCACAGGUUCACCCAAAAAAACCAAAGGAACCGAUAGUCGACACAACAGGAGCUGGAGAUGCGAUAGUUGCAGGAUUUUUAGCAGGCGUUUUAGCCAAGUGGGAUCCAAAGUCAUGCCUCGAGUGCGGCUGCAGGACAGCUGCCAAGAUAAUUACGAAAUUAGGGGUAAAUGUACCUUCCAACGAACCUGCUGGUAAUUUAAAUUGAUUGGCAAACUUAUGGAAUUUUACGAUCGCCCUGUUUUGGUGGGUUUUGGUUUCUUCCUGGAGAAAGUAGUCAUGAUUUUUGACUUUCUACUGAGUACAAAUAAAAUAUUUAUUUAAUGUUAA